AUGGGAGACUCGCCAGCUUCAGAGGUAGAGUCAAGUAAAAGCAGUCCUAGGAAUGAGGAAAACUCUGAACUGGACCGGCGUCCUUUCGGUGGGUUGGAGUUUCAAGUAUCUGAAGUAGUUGGGAGACUAGAGGCUGUAGCGAAUGCUCAAGAUGCUCCUGAAGAAGAAAAAAAAGUGGAACCGCGUAAAAUGAGUACCGGUUUCUUUGAACCUGAAGAAAGUUCUAUGGAUGAAAUUCUUAAACUUUUGGAAGAUUUGGUGAUCAAAACCGACCCUAAUUGUGAAAGCGUUGAGCCACCACUAUUACCUACUGAUGCAGUGACACGUGCAGCUGUACUUUCUCACAGUAUAUCAGCCCUGUUUGCUAGACUGGAGAGAAGCCAUGCUGUUAGAAUUGGAGCUCAUAUUGCGAGCGAAACGACACGCUGGAUGGCACACAUGUUUAGAUUGGCUGACUAUAAUGCAUUCUAUCAUCAGGAACACCUGGAAGGUCUGGUGCGCGUUACAAGAAUGCUCCUUCAUCACAGAUAUCCACGCUACCUGGAAGAUGGCGCUUUGGCGUUUGCGAAUCGUCUACCAUCUAUAUACAGCUGUGUAGCAAGUCCAUUGGGUGUUGUACAGCAUUUAUGCCGGCAACUCAGUCUUCCACUUGCAUGUGUGCGACCGGUUCCAGUGCAUCCAUCAGGUCGAGGUAUGGAUGUGGAAGCCCUAGAACGGUUAUGCGAGGAAGACAUAGCAGCAAACAGAACUCCCUUGUUAGUAUUAGGGGAGGUCGGAGCUCCGCCCCUCGGCUGGGGUACUCCGUUGGCGGCCUUGAGUGCAAUUUGCAAGUCUAAAAACGUUCAUCUUCAUUUACGCGGGCAUGCGUUGGCUCUACCCGCCGCUACUGGUAGAGACGAGAGCUAUAGCAUUGCGGAUUCGUUAACACUCACACCGGGACUUUGGUUUGGAGUGCCUGGCCUGCCUACUGUUACAUUUUAUAAAAUACCCGAACCUGUUACCGCAAAUGAACACUCUAAAUCUGUUAGUACGGCUUGCGGGCGGGAAGGGGCACUGGCUGCGCUAGCCGGGUUGGGCGGGGGGGCGCGGGUUGCGGCGCUGCCGCUGUGGGCGGCGGCGCGCGCGGGGGCGCGCGGCGCGCGGCGCCUGGCGCGCCGCCUGAACGCCGCCUUCCGCUCCGCGCGAGCAGCGCGCGCCGUCAUCGCCGGCGCCGGACUGCGUUUGCUCAGUGAAAGACCAGGCGGUGAUGAGCCACCGAAUGUUGACAUAAUUGAAGCAAUAAGCCAAGCGUCAGCGUGCGUGGCGUUUCAGUUUGCGCCACCAGGCGUUGAAAAGCCGCCACCUUACUACGACAAGUUGAACUCCUGGCUUGGACAGGUGCUACAGAGGGAACCUGAUAUGAUAAACAUCGAAGUGUGCGAGACGGAGAGCUACGGCGUAGUGCUGCGCUACUGUCCGCUAGAGGGCGCUCUGGUGGAGGAGGAGCGCGCGGAGGCGUGGGGCGGCGCGCUGGAGGCGCAGCUGCACGUGCUGCGCGCCACCGUGGCGCUGCGCGAGCCCUUCCGCCAGCGCCUGCAGCGCCGCGCCUGCCUGCGCCUGGUGCACGUGCCCGGCUGGGCCGGUCUGGGUGGUGUUCGUUACGUGCCUCCCGGUUGGGAAGAUGCGCCUGUCGAAGAACUGAACUCUUUGAACCAACAACUGGUGGAAACUUUGAGAGCCACUGAUGGAGCUUUUUCUUGCGGGGAAGGGGAGGAUGGGAUGGCUUGUGUGAGGUUUGGUAUGGUCACAGCUGACACGGACGUGGAUGAAUUGUUAGAUUUGGUAGUUACCGCUGGCAAGGAUGUAGAAGAGAACUCCAAAGCACUGACAGACAUGACAGAGGUACUGAAAAAAGGUAUCGAGGCGGCGCAAGCGGACCUGGAACGCGAGGCGUGGCAGGAGGGUCUGCUGCGGCGCGUGCCGGUGGUGGGGCGCGUCGUGUCCUGGUGGGCGCCGCCGCCGCCGCCCACCGGCCGCCGCCUGCUGCUGGCGCACGGCACGCUGCAGACCACAGCCGACAUAUACAGAUACGUUCAAAAGAAAGAGAAAGAAGAUGAAGAGGUGGAACGUGCACCGUCACCAGCCAGACAACAUGAACCCACAACGAAAGAGUAG